UAGCAAGUGCCUGCCGUCCUGGUUGCAACCCCUACUUUAACGUUUUGCAGCCCUGGUAACCGGGCUGUCUGUGUUUUGCUGAAAAUUCGCAUUUGCCGGCAAUGGAUGCGCAGUGCGCUGCUGCGCUAUCAGUCGGUUCAAAAAUCUGUGGAAAACGCACCCUCUUUUCCGACAGAAAAACGAAGUAGUUCAAGCAAAGUUGGAAGUUGCUUGAGCCGAACUUUCCAAAGAUAAGGAGGUCUUCCACGGCAGCUGAUUGUGGUGAUUCAAACAGGAAAAACGAAAGCGUGUUAUCCAAAGACAAAGGCCUUGCCGAAAUGUCGCCAAAAGAGGGCUCCCAGAGGCAGGUUAACAAGAAGCUGGUGGAGCUGCUCCUAACGGAGGCGGAGGAAACUGGUGCCAUAUUCACUGAAAAUAAUGCAUCCUGUGAAAGCAUUGAUGAUGAAGAAAUACGGCAAGAUGACUGUUUCGAUGAUGAAAGCAAAUGCCGAACUUGCUCCCAAUACCUGAUGCUGGAUGACACUGUCAAGGAUCUCUACGAUAAGCGCAAUAUAGAGCUCCUCCAUCAAAUUAAGUCUGUUACAGGGAUCUGGAUAAAAGCGGGAGUGCAAGGAUUACCCCAUCAUAUCUGUGAAAGUUGCCAGGAAGCGCUUAAGAAAGCCAUUGAAUUCCGUGAUAAUUGCAUACAAGCCAAUGCAGAAUUUAACCAAAUAGAGAAAGACUCAAGAGAAGGGUUUGAAAUCCAUGACGAAAUAGAAUUAGAACUUGAAAAUGUGCUGUACGAGGAAUCAUCUAAGCAUAUUAACAAGGCUCCAGGAAUGGGAUUGUCUGAUCUUGAAUUCGGUUCCGACAACGAAGACGAUUUCCCGCUACACAAAAACAAUACAUCACCGGAAGAAGACAUCCUCUCAGGCAAGCAGACUUCCAGGGAAAGAGAGCAUGUUUGCCGGGAGAUUGCCAGCAUUACCAAAUGUAUAACGAAAGAGGAAAUCGGCAGGAUCGAAUCCGGGGCCGAGGUCUACAAGGUUGUGCUAACUGAAUGCAAUCGCGCAGAGGAAACAAAGCCCUCUGAGCGGGAAGAGAAACCAAAGUAUUCCCUGGCAGUGCCGAGGCGAAAGAAACCCAAGAAGAGCUUGGAGGAACAAAAGACCAUCCGCCGCCUUAAACAUUUGGCAAAGCCGUUCAGUUAUGUCUGCGAUAAGUGCGGCCAUGCCUUCCGCAUGCCGGACCAGCUGCAGAUUCACUUACUCCGGCACAACCAAACGAAGAACUUUGCCUGCCCGGAGUGCCCGAAGAAGUUUUACAAUUCCUAUCUGCGAAAUAUGCAUCAGCGAGUGUGGCACAGGGGGGAAAAGCCAUGGUCUUGCAAUCACUGCAGCGAGACGUUCUCCAAUGCAAAUUGUCGUCAAAGGCACGAGAAGGAAGUACAUGGGGUAGGUCCCCGGAUCAGCAUGAAUCGCUCGGAACGGAGCCAAGUGAAUGGCCUGAGGGAGAAGACAAAGGACGGCCGACACCAUUGCAUUCAGUGUGCCAAGACUUACUCCUCGAAGCGCGCCCUUGCCUGGCAUAUGAACUCCCAUACCGGCGAAAGGCCCCUUAAGUGUAAGGACUGUAAAAAAGGCUUUGCGGGGCCAGCUGCCCUGAGGCGUCAUGAAAUGACCCACGAUAAGUUGCCAUUUCAUUGUGAGAUAUGUCUCAAGGGUUUCCUUCUGCGCUGUCAACUCAAGGAACACCAGGUUGUGCACACAGGGGAGCGACCAUAUUGGUGCGAGAUCUGCGACAUCUACUAUAGGUUUAGACGCAAUUUAGACAAGCACAACAAGAGCGACGCGCACAAAAAUAAAGUGUUGACCACUCAGUCAGAGGAAAUGGAAGGAUUUCCAAAUGCAUUUAAUGAUAUCUUAAGCUGCAACACAGAUUUUGACAAGAACAACGUGUUUAUAACUCAGGAAGACGAACUCGAUGGACUCCAGCUUACGCUCACAGAAUUUUUAAGCUGCUGAAUAUCCUAAAAAUUUUGAAUUAAUUUUAUAAUAUUAAAACAACUGGAAAAGACGGCUAUCCAGCUGAAGAAGACUCAUGAAGAGUACAACUAAAAGUCAUAGAAAUAAUUUUAACAUCAACUUUUGAAUCUCAAAUGUAGUAUCACUUAAAUACAAAAGACUUGACGCACAACAGGAAUGUGCCAAAUACUCAAGAAGAGCUCAACGGAAUGUCAUAUAUACAAUCUCCAUUAAAUAUUAAUGUACUUAAGUAACAGUGAUUAUGUACACUCUAAAUGAAAAAUAUACGUACUUAGACAUAUUUGUCCAAAUAAAGAAUAUCGAAAUGCAUUUAAA